UCUGCCACGCGCACGUGCGCAGGCUGUAAAGAAUUAAGGUAUCAACUUAAAUAUCUCUCAGGUGUCCAAGGUGACGUUUUUCGGAAUCAAAACAACAACGAAUGGUAUAAAGCUGGCGUUAAGCUUGUCGAGGACAACAUAAAAUUAAAACCAAACACCAACACCGCUAAGAGCGCUAUUUUGUUCCUCGGUGAUGGAAUGGGUAUCACUACCAUCACCGCGACCCGAAUCCUGGACGGACAACAGAAGGGAAACACGGGAGAGGAGAAUGUUCUGAGCUGGGAAGUGUUUCCGUGGUCAGCUCUCGCUAAAACGUACACAGUUGAUCAACAGGGAACAGAUUCUGCGAGCUCCGCGACAGCAUUCCUGACAGGAAUAAAAACCAACGACGGUAAGUUUAAAACUUAACCGGGAUCCUCAAACUUAUAUUGGCGACCAAACGCUGGAUAUUUUUAAGUUGAGGAGACCCAUUCCUUAAUUCACACGAGUGCUGUGAACAAGGUCAACACCGCCGCGCGAAUGUUACGUUUAUUGUAGCAACAGAUAUUGCAGGACGUAGUUGCUUCAAAAGAAACAGGUACAAGUAGUGAGCAAUAUUAAAUGCAAUCCAGAGACCCAUCAUGGCCACUUGACGCAGUAUCACACUUCAAGUGUUCGAGAAUUUGAGGCUAAAAUUAAAAUCUUCGUAUUCUCACCAAAAUUUUCAUUUCCUCCAUAUUCUGAAAUAUUUCCUUAGGCGUCAUUGCUGUAGAUUCAACAGUUACGCGAUUUCACUGCUCUUCAUUGACCGAACAGAGCAAAGCUGUCUCCAUUCUCACGCUUGCGGAGAAGGCUGGAAUGUCAACGGGAAUCGUCACCACCACGCGAGUUACACACGCAACUCCCGCGUGUUCAUAUGCUCACUCAGCAAACCGUGGCUGGGAAAGUGACGCCAAUAUUAAUAAGAGUGUUGGGGAUGAUGGUUCCAAGUGCAAGGACAUAGGUAGGAGUGUUUUAUUUUUUUACUUUUAUUAUUAUUAUUUUUUAUUUGCCACACAAUAAUAGAAAUUACAAGUAAUAAUAUUUAGAUUUAGCCAGGGCUAAAAGCGAAGUUCCUAUAUAUUAACUCGAAUUUAUAAUUUAAAUCAAACAAUAAACUUGUUUCCCACAAUUCAGUUAACUUUAGAGCACAUUCGUGUGACUUUUGAGGGAAGGGUUAAGUGAUUUUAGAGAAAAGUAAUUUGCAAACAGUCCAAGCUAAGAGUGAACUUAAUCUUACAUCGAGUUGAUAGCCUUAUAUGUACACCCAAAAAAUAACAAUCAUCUUCGAUCACAUUUAAGAGCGCGGGCUCUUGAUCACAGUAGAUUAGGCCUGGAAAACAAUUCUUGGAAAACAAAUCAGGCCGAAUUUUUUGCGUUCGACAAGUUUACUUUAAAAAAGGACGUAUAACCUAACCUUUUAUACUUUUUAUACAUCACAUCUGAGGUGAAACAGUACCAUGAGGCGCUGUUUUUAUCAUACAGACCUCGGACAGAAUGCAGUAUUUCACAGUUUUGCAAUACAAAUUGCACUCACUCAAUAUUCAGGACGAUCGAAGGACGUGUGGGCUUUUUAGCGAAACCGUUAAAAAAAUUUCCAAAAUCACCUAUACGGCUAGCAGGUUCUCACUUUUGACAAGCGCCAAAGUCGACUGUUUAAAUUAUAAUUAAUAGAGUUAUACGCUUCAACAUAAUAAAGAAUUUAUUAUGUUUAUUUUUUAUUUAAUGGUUUUAUAACGAUGUUUAAUCGUCAAAAGCGUUUGAUACGCGCGGCAUUUUGACUACUCCUGCAUGCAAGCGAUGUUCAUGAGCGACUGAAAACAAACGGCACAGCGAUAAAAAUUGCAAAAGAGAAUACUAACAAUCAAUAAAAGGAAAAUAAUUCGGUGAAACAUAUACAGUGACAACAAUUUUCAUUUACGAAGACAAGUAUUAAUUUGUCUCUGAAAAUCCUUGUUUAUGUUUUUCAUUUUGUAAGCCGGCUUCCCGGUGUUUGCUUCUUCAAAGAUGAACUCGAGGCAAGAAAAUAAUAAUAAUAAUAAUGUUUAUUUCUUAUAUUCCGCAGUCUAGCAUGCGAUAAAGAUAUGAUCGAAUGCGCAUUACAACAGUAAAAUCUUAAAGUAAUAAAUGGCUAAUCCAAAUAAUGAUAUUAAUAAUAAUAAUUUACAAUUUUCGGAAAAUAAUAAAAGUAAAAUAUGAGUUAAUAAAAGAACUAAUAAAAAGCUAAUUUAAAAAGAUGUGUCUUUAGUAAAACUUUAAAAAUUUUCAAUGAUUGACAUUGUCUAAUUUCUAGAGGGAGUCGGUUCCAUACUUUGGGCGCAGCAUUUUCAAACGCCCUAUCCUCGAGUGUCUUUUUUGUUCUAUAGGUAUUGUCCAUUAGGAGUAUGCCCCGGUAUGAUCUCAACUGAUACCGCGAGCUCUCUUUGAUUUUUAUCAAGUCUAAAACAUAUUGUGGUGAGACGCCGUAGAUACAUUUGUGAACUAGCAUUGCUAUCUUGAAUUCUAUUCUGUGGGUAACCGGAAGCCAGUGCAGGUUGUUCGGGGACGGUGUGAUAGGAUCAUACCUAGAUACAGUACAUACCAGCCGAGCUGCCGCGUUCUGCAGGCGUUGCAGCUUUCCAAGAUGAACAGCGGGCGUACCAUAUAAUAGACCGUUACAAUAGUCUAAUCGUGACAUUAUAAUAGCCUGUACAAUGGACUUCCUAUUGUCAUAUGAUAAAUACUUUCUAAUACGCCGGAUGUUAUGUAGAUGGUAAUAAAUAUCCUGACAUAUGCUGUUAAUAUGUGUGGUCAUAUUCAUGUUUGCAUCAAACCAAGCACCCAGAUUUCUAACAGAGUAGACAGCAGAAACCUUUACCCCACCUACUUGCAAGUCACUUAUCGUAACCUUAUUUAACUGUGCGCGUGUACCUAUAAUAAGAAACUCGGUCUUAGCAUCGUUCAGCCGAAGCUUUCUUUUACAGCCAGAAUUAUAACUAAAUAUUGUUUGGAACGUUUUCUUUCUAUUUGCGGUGAAAAAAUGUCUAAAGGCUUUUUAAAGUUCUAUAAGCUUACAAUCAAACCUGAUACUCGGUCAGAUCAUUGUCUCAAAUCUUACAAUUAAAAACGUGAAUAAAUUAAAUAGCCGCAUAAACUACGCUCGACUUCAUUAAAUUAGAUAUAAAAAACAAACGUCAAAUACAAUAAUUACUCGGGCUUACCAUUCGAGAUGCACUGAAAACUAUUUAAGUAAGGCCAGAAUCGCUUCAGACUUUUCAACCCUCUUACGCAUCCAGCAAGGUGAAAAACGAAAACGAUGCCAUCCGAAAUCGGAUUUCCGACGUUGACAAGCGAUGUAUUUCUCAACCAAAAAACCAGUAAACAAACUAGUCAUGAAUAACAGAAGACUCUUGAUAGCAGCUGAAUUUCAUUUUGUACAUUCAGUGGAAAAAGACAAUUAAAAACAUCACAAGUUGACACAAAACUCUGUCAGCUUCAGCAAAGUAAACAAGUUUCAAGAUGCUGCAUAAAUUUUCCGCAUGAACUCACCUGUCAAAUUUUGACCAAUCAGAGCAUAAAAAUUGGACGUAGAGCGUGACCAACUCGUGACCUUGGUGAGGAAAGUCAAAAGCAACUGGCAUGUCUUCCCUGCCUGUAAAAACUGGCUGAAUUUUAGCUUCCUAGGUCAGUUCGAAAUCAUUUUAAUUGUGCGGCACAUACAAAACACAACAUAUUUCAUAUGAAUUUAAAAAAAUAAACUUGAGCCUGCGAUCAUUUGAAAACAAGUUACUUGUCAGCGGAUAACUUCAAAAAGAUAUCAACCUCGAUGGGUCGACGCCUGAGCCCGCGAUACGGUCAGGUGAUCCUGGUCAGCGGAUACCCUGUUUUGACAGCUGUCAAUUGAUCACAACAUUGAUGUGCAAUAUAUGUGUGCAAUAUCAGUCUUCCUGUGCUCCCAAACUGGCUAGAAAGUGUGAGGAUUAAACACUGGUUUCCCUGUGGUGCGGACGGUUGGGCGGGCGGGCGGUGUACGGUCACGUGAUUACCAAAUUUUCUGGGAUGGGUAGAUUUACUUACCCAUGGUGCUCCUCUGGCGCGCGAGACGAGGAGACCUAACAGAAACUAUAGGAGCUUAUGAGAGGUUAGGCCUCUUCGAACUACGGGCUAGAGCUGUUUAACAUCAAUUGGAGAAAAGGUGGAGAAAAGUCGAAGUUGGAAAAAUUUAUGAUCGUUUUUCAUAUUUACUUAAUAAUUUAAUCUUUGGUAUUUUCCUAAAAGAGGAAAGAGAUUGAGAGUUGAAGACCUCGUCGUCAAGUGAACCAAACAACGUAGGUCCUUAAAAAAAGGGCGAGAACUUCUUAGUGUUUGUUCGACAAUACGGUAGACGGUAGGCCUGGGAAUUCCUUGUAUUGUAAAAAAGGAAUUGAAUUCUUUGGGAGAGCAUUAGCAUUGAAAUGUGAUUUAUUAAUAAUUCUAAUAAUGCGCUUUAUGCAUGUUCAUUGUAAAUAGAGGCAUUUUCUAACUAUUACCGUACGCGUGCCUAGCCCGUUGAAGGGAAACAGCGUACGAGCUAGGUCAACCCCUUUCCUGUCUGUACUUGUAAGUGACACUGUCUGAUUUCAAUUAUAGUAAACUAGGCAAUAUUAGAUCAAAGAGUGUUCUUUUUUUUCAAGCAAAACGGAGAAAUUUGUCGUUAAACGUUUUACUGCUUUAUGUAUACUGUUACAAAAUGAACUGAUAAACAUGAGGCCAUCAAGUACCACCAGUGAGUAGAGGACUGUGUAAGAGUGGUAACGAUUCAAAAGUGUGCGCAUGCCAGUUAUAAUUUCAUGGUGUUUUUUAUUUUCCCAGCCUGAAGCCAGGUACUUGUAUAAAACUGCGAUUCGUACAGAAUGUUCGCACUGAUUGAAAUUGAUUUAAUUUAACUGUUUUCAUUUGAUUUUGAAUUGACUGCUUUGAUUCUAUUGCUAGCAAUUUACUUUAAAUUAAAAUUACAGCCUUACAACUUGUUGAGUAUCCCUAUGGAGAUGGCAUCGAGGUUGUAUUCGCUGGCGGCCGCAGGAAACUCAUGCAUAAGAAUCAGACAGAUCCGGAAUACCCGGAUAAAAAAGGAGAGAGACUGGAUGGCAGAGACCUGAUUCAAGAGUGGGUCAAUAAACACCAGAAUUCGAAAUACGUCUGGAACAAAACUGAGUUUGAGAAGAUUAAUGUGGAGGAAGUCGAUCACGUGAUAGGUACGAAACAUUUUAUGAGAAAUAAAGCGGGGGAAGGAAGUAAUCAAGGGAUACACAACGUGCUAAUAGCAAUCUGGUGCCCCAUCCUUUACCUACAGAUAUACAUGCUCACAGUUACCGGGCCUUUAGAGAGUAGUAAGGCAGGCUUGAUCUUGCUUCUUAUGACAGAAAUCAAAGUGCUUUUCAUCUGUAAAUAAAAUCUACUUAGAACAGAAGAACAUAACUUAUGUUUGAGAAACAUGCAGUGAAAAGAGAAAUUAAAAUACCUAAGUGUGAGAGAGCACGUUGUUCCUUGCGAAUGGUAAUGAAGUUGUCACAUAAUAAGCCUCUUGUUUUAGAAAUCUGCCGUGUGUUUUUGUUCGAACUACAAACGAGCUCAAGCGUGUAAUUAAUGAGAUGCCAAUAGAUCUGGACUAAAAAACAGCUAUAUAAUAACUGGAUUAAAAAGAAAUUCCUCUGACAACCAAAUUGAUCUGGGCCUACGGCCUCUUCCAAUUCAGUUUGGCUGUCCUCAGAAUUCAUUCAAAUAGGCCACUUGCACUAAGAAGUCACGUGACCAAUGCUUCCUUUAAACAAUGAGUUGGAAUCUUGCUGAUGCCAAAAAUUAUUAGAACGCAUAAAAAUUAUCUUACACCCAAAAUCUGAGAGGAAACGCGUUUAAGGGAGAUAUUUUAUGGCACUUUGAUUUUUCAACAAAGUAGUAUGAUUUGUAUUGGCUGCCAUGUUGGAGGGCAUACUCUUGCCCUCCAACAUGGCGGCCAAAACAACUUUUUGCUUAUAUCUUGUUCAACGUUUGAUAGUUACGCUCAGAUGUGCUGUAAACGUUAUCACAUCAUCUUUUCGACAUUUUCCUUGAAGUUUAAGUGCAAAAUUUGUGUUCGGAGAGAGGUAAUUCAUAAUUUUAAAAAUCAUAUUUUGGUCACGUGACCAUUUACGAACUUAUUCAUUUUAAGAAAAUGGUGCGGGUUUGAAAAAACCAAAUCACCAUUAUUUUGUUUAAGAUAUGACCCACUAAUCGUUUUUUGAAGGCAAAAUCAUAUAACUUUCAUUUUCAUAAAAACGAUGUCACAUGGCCUCUUAGUGCAAAUGGCCUAUUGGAUAUUAACAGAGCUCCACGCGCUCGAGCGAAGCGCGCAAGAGCGGAGCCCCAUUGCUAAGCAAAUUUGAUAAUUUACACAUCCGAUAAAUUUUGGUUGUGACGUCAGCGUACGUACGCCCGCCCGUACAUUCUCUGUGGGAAAGGGAAGAGAGUCUGGAGUCAACUCGUCUGGGGCAGGACUACGUUAUAUUUUCUUAGCGGGAAAUCGUGCGAUGCAUUUAUGCAACCCGCGUUUUUCUGGGCGGGAAAUCGAGCUAGAAAUCGUGUGGCCAUUAUCGUCGCGUUUAAAAACUUGUUUAUCUUGAUGUGAGGUUUUGGCUUGCUUUUUGCCUGGUCAAGCUUUUGGGUACACUCUAGGAACAACCUAGUCUCCUGUAUUCACAUAAUCUUUGCAUUUGUUACCUGUCCUUUAUUGAAGGGACACCUAUUCAGGGAAUGAUUGUCUUGGUCCCGCGGGUGUCCCCUGAAUGGAAGUUCCACUGUACUAAUUCGGCUCCCUUAAAUCAGGGCCAGUACAGUCCAUGCCAAUUACCCUAGGUCUGAUUCGGACCCAAGACCUGAAAACGGGUACUAGCAUGGGCUGGAUAGCCUCUUAGAAUGACCAUUUUGGCUUAAAUUUUGCUCAAAUGGCUCCAGGAGGGGCUGAAUCAGAUUCUGACCAGAUCUUUUUAAUUUUGAGUGUAUGUGAUCCUAUGGAUCUAGUCUGCUACGCAGAAAUAACCUACCCUGCAUAUUGGUAUCAUAACCAAUCUAUGGCAUAUGUGUAUGUGCUUAAAUUUUGACUGCGAAGCUGGCUAUAGAGUGUUUUCACUCACGUGGCCAGCAUCUAUGCAAAUUUAUUGGAACAAAAGAAAGCGUUUGCAUAAGAAAAGAGUUCAACUCCCAGGGGAUUGGUUUGGGACACCAACAUGACCGCCGUUUCAUUGUUUUGGGACACCAAUAUGGCCGCCGUGACGUCAUGUGAAAACACUCUAUUGUAAUUAGCUUGGCUUUUAAACUUUCUAAAGAUAGGAAGAUUCCGCUGAAGAGUUAUUUUCAUUGAAUUCGUCGCCUUCUUCUUUUGAAAUGAGAGAAAGGAAUAAGUGAUUAGGAAGUUCUAAGCGAAAGCUUCAACUAACUGUCCUGUUCCCUAUUUUCAAGGACUUUUUGAACACUCUCACAUGAAGUACGAAGUUGAGCGAGCUGCUGACAACGCCGGUGAACCGUCCAUUGCGGAAAUGACGGAGAAAGCCAUUCAAAUACUUCAGAAGAACCCUAAAGGCUUCUUCUUGUUAGUUGAAGGUUGGUUUCGCAUUUUAUUAUCAACAACUGUUUUUAUGACAUUUUUGUGAUAACCAUUACAAGAGUCAAUGAAUUGUAGACCUUCAGUAUAAUAAAAGAACUUAAAGGGACUGGUUCACGGUAAUGCGCAUGUGUGAGUUCUGACAGUAGCUGAUUGUUUUUCAACCAAUCGGAAGCGAGUUAGAUGCACGCAAGUAAAUUUACAAAAUUCAAAUUAAUUGUUCGCGACGCUAGAGUAUUUCCGGGCAUUUGGUUUGAUUUGAUUUAUCCCCAUAAUUCAAGUUUAUUCUUUGCUACUCCUCAGUUAUAUGUUGCAGCCGAUAAGAAUAAGAUUUACAGCCCCGUCCUGCUUUGAAACAAACAUUUACCAACGUGUAUUUUUUACGAGGUCGUACCCACGCUAACAAAGCAGUCACCGAUCGGCAAACAAAAUUUGUCAACAAACAUCUUAUUACUGUUCUCUCAGCUCGCCUUAUUUAAACCCUGAAAUACCUACAAAUACCGCCUGACCGGUGACAAAAACACACAACGUAUGAGUAUAAAGAUUAUCCUUAAUUGAGCAUAAAUUUCAAAUGCUUAUCAGCAAAUGAACAAAUUCAUUCGCGUUACAUCGGGUCAGUGUUCCGCAAAACAAAUGUUAUCGAGUAGCACACAGAAAGAAACUAUAUUAUAAACAGAAUAUUCAGGCAAUAAUUCAUUUUAAAAACAUCAAUUCUUAAACAUAUACGAUCGUAAAUCAAAGAUACAAGGAACAUUUCAAGUGUACCAGAUCGGUGAAGAUCACGCGGCCUGUUGCGGUAUAACUACAGGUCGGAGUCAAAAAUCAAAUCAAAGUUGAACGAACUCAUGCCUUUAACCACUUUCCAAGUGUCGUGUAUUCUUUUCGUAAGCCACACACUACUCCUAGAACCAUACCAGAUCGAUAGGCUAAGCUUCUCUUUCUCCUAAGACUCUUGAGAACGUCCUGUUGCCGGACGGCCACGAUGCUCUUCUGAACCUCCAUGAUCAAAACAUUAUUUUUUGCGUCUUCUUAAAACGUAACCAGUCAAACGACACAACCACACGUUAAUCACCACUACUGAAGUAUAACUAGACCAGCCAAAGCGACGGAUGUCCGAAUAAAACGAAGGAUUUUCAGUGAUUGUACCGGUAAUGGCGAUUUCGAAUUUAGUGUUGACCCAACAAAUUUAUUCUGAAGAGCCAAACGGCGCGCAUGCGCAUUAUCGUGAACCACUCCCUUUAAACGAACUAUAGCUAAAUAUGGUUGUUUACUCAAAAGAGAUAAAUGUGUUAAUUUUAGGAACAGAGUGAUGCAGCAUUGCUCCACAGGAUAUUUAACAGUUAAUGAAUGAGGCUGAGUAUCUUAUGAAGAUUUAUGGAGAUCAAGGAGGGUGUUAUCCGUCGAGGCCGUAGGGGAGCCGAGGCGGAUAACACCCUCCGAGAUUUCCAUAAUUCUUCAUAUGAUACGAAAGCGGAAUUCAAUAACUGUCUUAUUAUUCAUUCAAAAGAAUUCCUAGUUUAAAAACAUAGCUAAAACAUGCUUACCUCCAUCGAUCCAUCGAUGUUAAGUUCAUCUUCGAUAGUGUACGUUUAGGUUUGUCCAGCUCCGCAAAUAUUCUCCAAAUAGCAGACGUCACCCUGCGAGUUGUCUUCUUGCUGUUCUUACAUGUUUUUAGCUAUUUUUUUGCUUAGUUCUUACUCUUGAAACGAGUGAAAUUUCCGCCAUUUUUUCAAGUUCACAACCAACAAACAACUCAACCUCGUCCCCAGGUCUUCCCACUUAACGGUGCCUUAACCUGCGAAAACGCUGCAUUUUUGACGUCAUUUCCUCGUUAAAGUCAAAAUUCUUCCAAAUUUGGUCAUCAUUAACUGGUUAUGGUGAAUUAAACGUGUGCUUUUAGCCAAUCAAAAUCGGGGAAAUAUUUUGAAUGAAUAAUAAUUGGUAUUAUUAGAAGCCUGAAUGAUUUUACUUUUUGGUGAAAUAAGACCGGUUCGUCUCCCACAAUUGCUAUUUCUUUAAAAAGACGCGUUUCUCGUGUUCUGUUUUAAGGGGGCCGCAUUGAUCACGGACAUCACGAUGGCAAGGCUGUCAAAGCUCUUAAUGACGCGGUUGCAAUGAAUAAAGCGGUUGCUAAGGCCUUGGAAAUUGUAAACAAAGGUAAACCAUUGCCCAUUGUUUUUUAUCAAGUGCAUACCAUCUGUGUUUUUGUUUUCCAUUGGAUGAUAACGAUUUCAAACUCAUUUACUGUAACUGGCAGUUUGCCUGUGAUACUUUGCCAUUUAUCAAGAAGAAGCCGAUCAUAGACAGUCUUUAUUUUUUAAGACUGUUAUCAGGCCUGUUAAUAGGAGUUUCAUCGCGCUCAAGAGAAUUUGUGGGGAAGGGACGACACCUUUUCCUCUCCAUUUUAUCGUUCUGUUUACCAUUUCUCUGAAUCCCCCCAUUAUACCAGCAUAAAAGCUGUCCCUUAUUGUCCUCAAAAGAAGGUCCUUAACAUCUGGGUUUCUCUUCACUAAAUCUUUAUUGAUUGAAGAGACAGACCAAUUCACAAAUAAAGGAGCUGGGUUAACUGUAUAGACCAUUGUUUUACUUUUGACAUGUCAUUCCUCAUUACACAUUUCUACGAUCAAGAAAGGCCCGUCUCAGUGGAGGAUCCAUCCAGACUCUGAGAUAAGGGGGCGCCCGGUCUCAUUUUGGUCUAAAAAUAAGGGAAGGCCCGCUCCCCCGGCCCUUCCCCUGGAUCCGACACUGCCUCAAACUCUUCGAUUGAACUCCCUUCCUUCGUCUCCAAGAAUGCGGUGCCUAAGUUUAUUAUGCGAUCUAGCUUCUCAUCCCGGACGCCUGAAUAUUGCGAGAACUAUUUUCUUACUGACUGCUCCAGAAAUAAUUAAGAAAACAUGCAACCUUCACUUCUGUUAUGGAGGUUUUUUUACAUUACCGAAUACCGUCUAUCCCCGUUGGGUGUUGAGAGUAGUAACGCAUCUCUCUUUCCAUUAUGUGAUUGAACAAAAAAAGUGCCAUAUUUCUAUGCAAAUACUGUGCAAUGUACUGUACUUUUGAAACGCGCAUUUGCUAAUCUUAUUAACUAUUACUUGGAUCUUCAGACGAAACACUGAUAACAGUAACAGCCGACCACUCUCACGUCUUUACCAUCGGCGGAUACCCCAAACGUGGGAACCCUGUGUUUGGUAUAAUACAAGAGGUAGACAAUACUUUAUCUGUGGACACAGAGAACAGAACAUAGACCACCCUUGGGUAUACAGACGGACCAGGUGGACUGAACGGAUCUCGUCAAGACCUGCGCAGUGUAGACACCGCUGACAAGGACUUUCUUCAGCAGGCUACAGUUCUCCUUGCGGAAAGCGAGAGUCAUGGAUCGGAAGAUGUUGGUGAGAAUUGGAGCAAAAAAUUGUCGUCUGUUAAAGCGCUCGGAACUUAGAGCAGUACCUCGCGCAAAAACUUUUGCCAUGGUACUGAUAUUGAUGAUUUUUCUGAGAAGAAUAAGUCCAACUUAAAGUUUCCUUUUUAACACUACAACAGCUCCUGUUUGCCUUGCAAUUGCUUCAUUUCCCCGUCUUAUAUCCCAGAUAAAACAAGGAAGAGUUUCUUGAAAAUGGAAAUACUAACAUUUAUACUUCAGUUUCCUCUCUUUUUUCUUUAAGAUUAUGAUUGUGAUUUAUAAAGUUAAAUCUUAUUCAGUCAAUAAUCGUAAGAGUGGUUAGACGGAUCGCGGAAGUCCAAUCUUUUUAAUCGCAAGUAUGGUUACCAACCGAAUUGGACGACAGGAAGUUCUCUAAUAGCUGCAAAAAAAUUGGUGAUGAUUUGCACUUUUUAAAAACAUUAAAAUCAAGAUCCUCGAGCGCUUAUUACCAGGACGUGGCGCGUUCUGUCCAAUAAUUACAUAGGCAAGAGGUGAACUGUUCUGAUGCUGAAAGCAUGGUUGCCGUAGCUAAUCAGAAUUAGCGAAUAUUUUAUAGUUUUGAUGAUGAUGAUGAUGAUGAUGAUGACGAUGAUGAUUUUUAUUAUUAGCGGAGCCCCAUAGCUAAGAAAAUUUGUUAUCUAUUAUCCUAAAAAAAUCCGGUAGUCACAUGACCGUACGCCCGUUAAAUACUGGUAGCCGAAAUGAUUUUAAAAAUAAGUUAUUUACUGUCCUAGGUCUGUCACCAAAUAAAACAAACGGUAACUUCUAGUGAUAUGUGUUUUAGAUACUGUGACUGUACGAAUGUUAAGGCUAUCCACAUAACUGUUCGUCUGAGCCCGAUAGAAAACCGAAGACAUAAUAAAGUUACGGCGAACACAAAAGUCGGCCAGAUUUUUAUUUUAAAUCUUUCCUUUAUAAUUGAAGCCAUAAAUAUUGACUCUAGAACGCACAACCUAUAAAUUGGCUGCUAUCGCAGAGUAUCGCGCACUAAAACGAUUUACUUUUUUUUCUAUUUUUAUUUCUUAUCUACGCUGUAAACACCGGGUAAAUAUAAGACUUUUAGCUUGAUGGGAGAGAUUUCAUUUUAGGCGUGUUUGCGGGAUAUCACCCAGCCCCUCCUAUCCCUCUAAAGGAGGAUUCUUUUUAGUGGCUUAAGUUUAAUGGCAGGCGACAAGAGGAGCCAGCAAUCAUAAUCUCCAGGUUGUUACUACCAAUGCAUGGCAUGUAUGCAGCCAGCAUUCGUUUGGACUUCCACUAAAAAUGUAUGGAAUGCACGUAUACAGAACGCAGUUUGAUCACGCGCCUUUGGACCUUCCAUCACUCGUAAUCUAAUCACGCGUGUUUGAACAUCUCUCACGUGAAACUUACGCAAAGCAUAGCGAUGGAGCAAGAGCGUGAAAAAAAGAAACGCCUGAUCGCAGGUUACCGAUCGUUGUCGCCCACACUCCGCAACCUUUGGUUAUUGCUAGUUAUAUACACUAGGUUAAUUGCUUUUAUGAUAAGUAUAUAAAUGGAGGCUUUGCUUUUAACUCUGGCUAAAUCUUUAUAUUAUUUUUCUUAUUAUUGUUAUUUUGCAGGCGUAUUCGCAGACGGACCUGGGGCCUACCUAUUUCAGGGUGUAGUGGAACAGCAGUACGUAUUUCACGUGAUGGAUUACGCCUUGUGUCUCAGUGAGAGCAAGCAGAAAUCAUGUGAGAAGCACGUGAACAGAGGAGGGAAGCCUAAGAGCAAAAGUGGAGCGUUGUCUUUGUCUGUCCACUCGCUCUAUUCUUUACUACUGAUUUCAAUUUCUUAUGCUGUUUUUCGAGCGCUCGAAGCAUAA